AUGCCCUUUCUCGAGCAGGGGCGCGAACCGCCCGCCCCGCCAGAUGACGCUUUCCUCCGGCUUGUCCAGGAUCUCAGCCUAGCACUGGGUCCGAGCUCAGGCCUCGACUCGGAAGGGGGGGCGCCUUAUGCGCUGCGGGAUGCGAACAGGGCAUAUACGCGCAAUCUGGUCGACGAAGGGAAUGGCAAGAGUAAUCUGCCCGUUCUGGACUGGAACCCUAGCAGAAAUAGUGCCAUCCACGACCAUGCCAAUGCGCAUUGCAUCCUACAAGGAUCUCUACAAGAAGCCCUCUACACAUGGCCAGACCAGGGUAAAAUUAAGCGUGGAGAACCGCUUCCGCUCCACAUCACCAAAGAGACCGUCCAUACCGAGAAUCAGGUCACUUACAUGUCUGAUAAGAUCUCCAAUCCAGACCCCGAAAAAGUCGCUGUCUCGCUUCAUCGUAAGUGAAAUUCUCUAGUACUAACUAGUUAUAACUAGUUCUUGACAGCUUUUUGCUGUAUGUAUACACCCAACGCCGUGACGUACGGGGUUUCCCCUUUUUGAGAAAUCCACGGCAAAGCCUAUGAUGAGUAGUUUUAAGCAGUAUCAAAUAGAGUAUUGUACAUAGUACAAAGCUGUAUUUAUUAUAAUAAUGAC